CCGAAGAAGCAUUUCCAAAGCCUCUCACGAAACGAAACCAAGCUUGAUCUCACGACCUCGAUCGCCAAUGGAUCCAGCCGGCGCCGGAGCCACAGCCGGAGGAGGUGGUUCGCUGUCGGAGAUCUACCAGAACGCCCGCCGCCUUCUCCUCCGAACCAGAGAUGGUCUUGCCCGCCUCGAGCGCUUCGAGUCCUCCUCCUUCUCCUCCGCCGCGGCGUCAUCAUCGUCUUCGGCCCCACUGGGGAUUGGCCUCGACUCGCCGGAGCUCUCCUUCUCCGUUAAGCGCGACAUCGCCCAGAUCCAAUCCCUGUGUACCGACAUGGACCGCCUCUGGCGCUCCAUUCCUGCCAAGGGCCAACGCGAUCUCUGGAAGAGGAAAGUAGAACAAGUAACAGAAGAGGUUGAUUCACUCAAAGAAGGCCUUGACAAACUUCUUCUGCGUCAACAAAAACGGAUGAUGGAGGCUAAAGAGCGAGCAGAAUUGUUUCAAAGAGCAAAUGGCGAAUCAGAGCAUGUUUUGAGGAUUUUUGACGAUGAAGCACAAGCGCUUCAGUCAGCCCGCAAUUCUUCUAUGAUGCUUGAAGAAGCUUAUGCCACUGGGGUAGCUGUCCUAUCCAAAUACGCUGAACAGAGGGAUCGUCUGAAGAGAGCUCAAAGGAAAGCUUUGGACAUUCUGAACACAGUCGGGCUCUCUAAUUCUGUCCUGAAGCUGAUUGAACGGCGCCACCGUGUAGACAAGUGGGUUGCUUAUGGUGGCAUGAUAGCAACAAUCAUCGUCGUGUAUCUGUUCUGGAGGUGGACUCAUUGAUUUGUGAAUGGCAACGAUGAGAUAUUACCCGGAACUUGAAGUAUCUUGGGAAACUUAUAAUGUUCUGUGACAAAUGAAGCAGUUUAAGGGCAAGUUACAGCAAUAGCUUUCAAUUAAUACCUACAGGAUGCCGUCGUUGUAUUCAUAUGUUUGGUUGGCACAAAAUACAGUGAAGAUUUUUUUUGUUUUGCCAAAACCCUCGAAAGGUAAGUUGUUCCCAACAUAUAGUAUAAUUUCUGCUCACGGAGGAACCAUCAAUUGAGUAAUUUUUUAGCAUGA